AUGAAUACUGCCUCUCGUUCUCAGACGAUUCAUACUCUUCGGGGUCCUCCUCCGUCUCAGCAACGCCAGGUUCCUCGCUCCACUACGAGAAGAAACUUUAAGCCUCCUCGUAUGGGAACUCAAGUACGUACUAAUCAUAUUGGCAUGUUCACCCCUGAAAUGGCCAAACGUCUUGCUGUUCUCGUUAAGAUGGAGAAAAGCCUUCUUCGAACUUACGAAGUUCUUGCCGAUGAGCGCAAAUCAUGUGCCAACCAAUUGUCCUACUGGGGUGAGGACUGUGAUGAUGAUAUUAGCGACAUCAGUGAUAAGAUCGGUGUUCUUCUUUACCAAAUUGGCGAACAAGAAGAUCAAAUGAUUGACAAACAUGAUCAAUAUCGUAUCUCUUUGAAGAGUAUUCGUAACAUUGAAGCUAAUGUUCAACCUGCACGUGAAAGGAAAGAAAAGAUUUUGAAUGCCAUCUAUGAGAUAAGACAACGCGAUCCUGACUCUCCCAAGCUAAUUGCUUUGGAGCAACAAUUAGUUCGUGAAGAAGCUGCUUGUUUGGUUGCCGAAGCUCAGCUUACCAACAUUACUCGCGAAAAUUUCAAGCUUGCUAUGACCAUCAACAUUGGUACUCUCCUCGAGCACUCUGAGAAGGUUUCUGUUCUCUGUGGUUACGCCAAGAGAAUUUUGGAUCUCCUUGACGACACUCCAAUUACUCCUGGUGAGCCUCGUCCCAUAUAUGAUGGAUACGACAUCACCAAAGAUUAUGUCUUAGAAGCUGAGAGAGAAAUUUCCAACUGGCAAUCUCCUUUCGUUACUCCUGAGCCUUUAACUGACAUUGAUGGACUUCCAAUCCAGAGCCAUUACCAGCCAGAAUACCAAAGAAACACUAUUCGACAAGGUGGUUUGGAACAGAAAAAGUAUAGUCACAUCCAGUCUGCUGAUCAGGGCUAUACUACUGGAACAACUCACAAUUACACCGGAAGAAACUACGACCGUUCACCAACUGAGGAAUUCCAGCCUAAUGUUCUUCAAGAUACUCAAUACGUUGACAAUUUUGAGGUCGGCGAAGAUGAUGAUAUUGAUGUUGAUUCUCAACCCGGACAAGAGCCCGGUUCUUUUGCUGCUUCUCAACAUCCUCACGCUCUCGCCGCGUAA